ACCAUGAAGCGGUGUUUGUGUUUCGAUUCUCCCAGCCGUCAAACUGCUGUCUUUUUUAUCAGAUAUGUCAUAACCCAUCACAAGACAACACCAUGGAUUCACUGCUUGUAUUUUAAAGGAGAUAUAAUAUGUUUUUAAGGACUUAUACUAUGUUUUUGUAACGGCUCUGUCACCGCCUACAUUAACAUUACAUUACAUUAACGAUACAAUGUUGUGUUGUACAGUGUUAGCUAACGCCACUAGCCACCUAGCCUAACCGCCGGUAAACUUGUACCGUUGGUAUUAAUGGAGGGAGACCAAGAAAACCGCUCCGAGGUUCAAACGGGUUGUGCCGGUGUUAUUCCCGGUUCACCGAACACUGAGCUGAAGAAACUGUUAUCUUUUAAAGUUUACAAGAGGAGGUGGUUUGUUCUGCUGGUUCUAUGUCUGUUGAACUGCUCCAACGCAACGUUAUGGCUGAGCUUCGCCCCGGUGGCGGACCAGUCGGCCCGGUACCUGAAGGUGGGUCUGGAACAGGUCAACUGGCUCUCCAUUAUCUACAUGAUAGUGGCCAUCCCGCUCAGCUUCGCCACCUCCUGGAUGCUGGACGUCCUCGGGCUGCGGAUCACGCUGAUCCUCGGCGCGUGGCUCAACAUGUUCGGGGCGCUGGUUCGAUUCCUCGGGACGGGGAUCUCCACUGACCCUGCAGCCCGGUUUCCCUUAGUGAUGUUCGGCCAGACGCUCGCCGCCAUCGCUCAGCCGCUCGUCGUCUUCACCCCCGCCAAGAUGGCCGCUCUCUGGUUCCCCGACAACCAGCGCGCCACCGCCAACACCAUCGCCUCCAUGGCUAACCCUCUGGGCAUGCUGCUGGCCAGCAUGCUCUCUCCAUGGAUGACUCAAACAUCUGGAGACAUCCCCGACCUGCUGCUGGCCUAUGCAGUCCCGGCGUGCAUCAUCUGUUUCCUAGCAACAGUGGGGCUACGGAGCAGCUCCCCCCCCACGCCGCCGUCAGCCAGCGCCGAGUCCUCCGGCUCAGAGCCCUUCGUACAGGGCAUCAAACUGUUACUGAGGAACCGAGCCUACCUGGUUCUGAUGCUCUGCUUCGGGUCGGGCAUCGCCGCCUUCACCUGCUUCUCCACGCUGCUGGAGCAGAUCCUGUGUGUGCAGGGGUACUCCAACGAGUUUGCCGGUGUGUGUGGAGCGCUCUUCAUCGUGUUCGGGAUAGUCGGUGCCGGCGCUCUCGGUCUCAUCGUGGAUAAAACUAAGAAGUUCAUCGAAGCCACGAAGAUCAACCUGAGCCUCAGCGCUGUCGCCUGCAUCGCCUUCUCCGUGGUGUCUCUGAUGCCGCAGCAGAAAGUCGCCAUCGCCGUCGUCUGCUCGCUCUUCGGCUUCUUCGGUUUCUCCAUCUACCCCGUCGCCAUGGAGCUCGCUGUGGAGUGCACCUAUCCCGUCGGAGAGGCCACGUCUUCGGGACUCAUCUUCGUAUCGGGACAGGUCCAGUCCUUCCUCUACAUCGUGCUCCUGCAGGCUCUCAGCAAACGCCUGGCCGACUCCCCUCUGUCCACCUGUGGAGACGCAGUGCUCAGCUGGAAGGUGCCGAUGCUGGUGCUAGGGGGGCUGAUCGGCGUCUUCUCCUGCGUCUUCGUCCUGUUCUUCAACACGAGGUACCGCCGGCUGGAGGCCGAGGAGCAGGCCACGUACGGGACCAAAACCAUAAACUCUUCGACCCCCGAGAGCACUCCCAGUGAGGGGAAGGAAACCGCUGACUGAUGACCACAGACUGACAGACAGAGGGCAUUAUGGGACUUAUACCUGGUACCAAACAGAGAGAAGCUUUUGUGAAUCAAGACAUUCCUUCUCCCAUAAACUAUUUUUUAUGCCGUUGAUGCCAAACUGACAUUUAUCCUGUUGCUACUUACAUCUUCAGAAUAUUGUAAACUGAUUUUAUUGAUAUGCUUUUUUUUUACAGAAAAAUGUAAUUUGUAGGGAAGAAAUCUUGGGGUAUAGUUCUCUGAAUGAAGGUAGCAUCUCAUCAUGUGUUUAAUACAAUUUUCAUUGCAGUAAUACGAGAGAAACGACGACAAACCAAAAAUAUAAUGCGGUUUGAUUCAGACUCUGAAGAAGCGCACAUCUUCAGUUUAUUUGUACAGACGUUCCCACAGUGCCACAGACUUCACUCCAGUGUUUCCUUCCAGCAGUCAUGGGAAACAGAGGAAGUCUUGUAGCUGCAUCACAUGAUCCUCAUCCACUUUCUGCCGCUGUGCAGAGAAACUGGAUUCAUCUGACUCUCAGGGACUUCCUGAUGUUUACUGCUGAGGAUUCAGACCACUUAAUCAUUCUCCACCUGGAGCUGCUGGAAACACCUCCAUGUAUCACCUCACCGUGUCUCAUCCUGUUGUACUGUAACACAGUCUGAAUAUAAUGUAUUAAAGGUCCCCUAUUAUACUGUU